AAGAAUAAACAUAACAUGGAAGACAGUUUCAAAGUACGAGUUGAAAAAGCCUUCGGUUCUCUUCCUAUCCCUUCUUCUUCUCUCAACUCUCUUUGGUCUCUCACCCAAGACGAGAUAAACGACACUCCCUCCUCCAAACGCGUCCAUCAAUCCCAAUCCAAACCCAAACCCAAACCCUAUUCCUCUUCCCAAUUUAGGGUUGAGCUGGAGAAUGACCUAGAAAACCUAAACAACAAUGACGAUGAAGAAGACGUGCGUGGACCCUCUAAGCCACCCGAUUACGAUGAUGAACAGUGGGAAAUUAGGUCUGGUAUUGGCCUCGAUUGCACCCUUGAUUACGAGGAAGAGGAAGAUCGGUAUGACAAACAGGCUAUUGGCAAAGAGAAUUCGGGGGAUCGCGUUUAUAUGAAGGAUAUAAAUGACGAUGGGGUUGAGAUGAGUUCUUGCAGUGAAAUUCCCACUAUGUUCAAAGAUUUUAUGAGAGACCCACGUGCAAAUCACUUGGCUGCUAGGAUUAGGCUUAAGCAGGAUGAUGAAGCAGCUAAAAAAAUUGAUGCUUUGCAUGUCUCCGAGAAAUCUACACCUGACACUGGUGGUGGUGGUGGUGGUGUUAUUAACCCCAAGUCAAUUUUGAAGAAUAAAGAGAAUCAUCCUUCGGAAACCAGGUCCAAGAAGCGUGUUCGGUUUGAUUCUGAAUGUGAUGAUAGAGGUAAUGAUGAUGAGAAUGAAGGAACCAGGGAUGUUCGCAUGAAGACUCCUUCAAUGGAAGAGAUUGCAGCUUCAAAUCAGUUAUCUAAGUCACAGGAAUUUGCUUCAGCAGUUCCGGAUUAUAUUCGUAAUCCUUCAAGAUACACACAUUAUACUUUUGAUUCUACAAGUGACAUGGAUGACAAAUCAAAUACAGAAGCAUAUAUGAGCUUCCUUGAAUGCUUAAAGGGGUCAAAUGCUGCUGCCACGGGAACUGGAUCGCAUGCAGAUGAUGCUUUGGAUCAUCCAUCAGUUACCUUUAUACCGAAGAAGAAAUCUGGUGAUGAUGCCACUACGGGAGAGAAUGAGAUGGUGUCAAAGCAAAAGCUUGAUGUUGACAAGGAGCCCAUGAAUAAAAGAGCUUUCACUGUUAGAAUAGCUGCUGGUGACACACAAAAUAAUGAUGUUUGUGCAAUGGAGGAGGAUGAACCAGAGGUUACUGAGGACACUAAGAAGGGCUUGCCGAGGUUAAAUCGUCAGUUUAGGAAGAAAACCCAGGAGGACUUGGAGGAGCCUAUUGUGUAACAGGGUAAUGAGUUCCUAGACUCAGCAAAAUUAGCCAAAAUGGGACUUCUGACUACAACCCUUUUUUUUUAGGGUCAUCUCAGACUAGUGCUCCCUUCUAUUAAUUUAUGAACUACAUCAUGAUGUACCCAGAUUUUCAUUUCGCUGUAUUAGUUUCUUGAACUGCAGUAGGUAUAAACUUCAAAUCAAGCAUAAUAAUUUGUGUGGAGAUUAAGAUGUACUGAAAAAAAUUUAUGAAGCCCCGAACGGAAAGCAGCAGUCAAUUGCUAUUUUUACAUUUUUUUAAUAAUCUUCAAAGGGAGAAACGACCAUCAUGAUCAGUGUUAUAAAAACAUGAUCGAUCUGGCCAGGUUGAUCUGAAAGCCAGUGAAUCGAUCAUAUACCCGGUUCGAUUUUUAUAUUUG